AACUUGCAAACGCGCGAUUGACCUUUCUGUGAUUUGUUCGGCCUUUCUCUCCGAAAUAUCGACCUACACCAUACUCGGAUGAAUCACAGAGACGAAAUGAAAGACGAAGGAGUCAACAUAAAAGAAAGUAAAGUAAAUAACGUCAACUGAUGCCAGCAAACAUGCCAAAAGCGCACGAGAAAACGCGUCACAUGGAUGAUCAAGACAAAAACUUGAAGAAGGAACAGGAGAAUAUAAGUAAUGAGGAAAGAAGCCAAAAACUUGAGCCAGUUGAAGAAACUGAUGUGCACCUACUCCAACAAGGUACCAGAGAGAAAUUAAAUGAUUGUUGUCAUGACGAUGAAAGACAUAUGACUCGCAGUCGGGAUACGUUAAAUACCACCACAUCUUCAAUCGGGAGUAAAAAAAUCACAUUGACUGGGACGAUUCGAAGAGGUAAAAAUUCUACCGACAAUAACAUCAUACAAGUUACCUUAUCUGAAGAACAGUUGGAGCUCAUGAAAGACAACCAUGCACAGAAUGACUGUGUAUGGGGAGUGGACAGAGGAUUGCAUGUUUUGCUCUUUAGCCUUAUAUGUAUACCGUUUUCGUUUAUUGCGUCAUUUGUGUUUGCUGGUUAUCAAGGAACACUUACGUGGUACAGCAUAUUUUUGUAUUACUAUGAUGAGAAGACGAUCCUUCAUAAAAUAUUCAUCUGUCCGGUUCUGAUCCUUUUUUUCCCACCAGUGAUAGUCGUUUUAACAUUGGGAAUCUCUUUGUACGCGAUGGUCAUCCAGGUUUCGUGGUUCUUCUCAUCGUGGAGGAGAGACUUUUUCGACUUUGAGAAAGGUUUUUAUGGUUGGUUAUGCCAUAAGUUGAAUUUAGAGGAUUGCUGUGCUUACGAUGUUGUUGAAGUGUCUGCUGAAGUUACCAUGGAUGCCAGUGAUAAUGAGAAUGAUUUCCAAACGCUUGAGGCGUCACACAAUGUGAAUUCUCAAUUAUUUUCAAACAAAAAUGUCAUUGAAGUAAAAAAAACCAGUGAAACAUGA